AUGCAACUUGUGUUAUUAAACACUAUAUUCAUUGUAUUGGUUUCUGUAUGUUAUAGUGAUUUAAAUAUGAGUGAAUCAUCUACUAUUACAUGUCGAAAAUGUUCUCCUUGUUGGAAUGUUUUCAGUAAAAAUUAUGGUUCAUGUUCUAAUGAAGAAUUCGAAAUAAAUCCAUUUAAUGAUGUGCAACCAAUAUGUAUUGAUACACUUAUUUUGCUUAUUAUAAUGUUUGUUAGUAUUGUUAUAUUUAUACCAACUUGUCUUUGGCUAAUUUCUUUAUGGAUCAAACGUUGUCGAAAUAUUAAUGCAAAAUAUAUUGUGAAUGGACGUAUAGUUACCUGA